AUGCUAUUUUUGCUGUUCACGCUUGCUAAUUUGUGGCCCCUCCUCUGGGCGGCCAGCAAUUUCCACCCCGACUGCGCCGAUCCCCAUAAUAAGGAAAUCUCAUGCUCGGUGCACGUGGUCACCUGCGGCGAGGUGUCGGUGGCCAACGUGGCAGAGGGCUCGGAGCCGCCGCCGGCCCACGACGUCCGCGUCGAACCGUACGCGCGGGCGUCGAAGCAUGAGCACCAGCUCCACGUUGACGUGUCGUGGCAGAUGCCGCCGAGCAACGACUCCUUCCGCAUCCGCGCCUUCGAGCUCCAAGUCGAGCGUGGGUCCGAGGAGAAGCGCUGUUUCCUCUUCAACGUCUCCAACUUUGGACUGACCGAGGAUGAGGCAUCGCCCCGUUUCCACUUCACCUCCGACAGCCUGUUCGCCUUCGCCGAGCCGUACCAAAUCACGUUGCGGUCGUUGCCGAGAAGCGCAAAAACGGCGCCGCAAGUUGUCCGGAAUGCGACGAUGCCGUUGGAUCCGGACCUGAAGGACCCGCCGUCGAAGAACAAUCUGACGGCGUGGUGCAAGGCGCAUUCCGAUCCGCAAGCAGCGAAGUGGACGGCGGCGUUCCGGAAGAUCUUCUUGCACUCGUUGGCAAGGACGAUUCAGAUCGAAUUCGUCGGCGCCCCGCCUCAAUACUGUUUCGAGGCGUACGAGGUGCGGCUGAAGGACGAGUCGGGUAUGGAGUUGACGCAUAGCCAUAUCGUAAACGUGGCCGACAUGCGCCCGGAGACGAUCAACGGCAAGCAGGUCCUCUUCGGCGAGCACAACUUUACGAAUUUGGAGCUGGAUACAGACUACAUCCCAUCCGUGAUCCCGGUCGAGAGAUCGGCCGAUCGUCGCUGUCUUUGUCCGACUCAGAACGCAAAUCCGUACGACAAUCAGAUUGUGUGCAGUUGUAUUGCCGCGGACUGGAAGAAAGUCCGGCUGCAUAAAAUCGAGAAGCCACCCGCGCCGCCUUGCCACGAUUGUAUAAAUAAUGCUACGGUGGUGGACAAGGGGCCGAGAACGGAUCAUAAGAGCCUCUCGAUCCUGAUCGUGGCCGCCGUCCUUGCCGUCAUCCUGAUGAUCCUCAUCUACUACCUAUUCGUGUUCUACCGACGUCAUCUUCGGCAAGGGAAGGCGUUCACGCUCCAUUUUAAGAACAUCAACAAUAAUAAUGUGAAUGGGGGCGUUGGAGGCGAACCGCGGGAGCCGUUGAUCUACAACUCCUGCUUCUCGGUGCUGCUCGUCUACUCUCAUGAUUGUGCUCACCACGAGGCAGCGGUUGUCGCCUUUGCCGAGGUUCUACGCGAUACCUUUGGCCUGAAAGUUCAUAUGGACCAAUGGGAUCAGGACGAGAUCGAGGAGAAUUUGAACACCUACAUCAAUUCCAGCGUCGUCACGGCAGAUAAGGUGAUCAUCAUCAACUCCCUUGGCGGCUACAUGCGGGCCCAGGCGAGGCACAAAAAGUUGGAGCCGAUUGACCUGGCGCUCCAGCACGCUCGGGUCGUCUCGGUGCGGUUCCCGUAUACGAAGGGCACUUAUACACUCUACGCGCUCUCGCCUCUGUUACAGUACACCAUUCCGGAUAAUAUAGGGCUUCUCGUCUCCUCGCUGACCGAGUGUACGCUACGCUCCGAUCCACGGUUGAGCGGCUUCGACCCGCAUCUCGCGAAGCUGAACGCGGCCAUCUCGCGGAUGACGCACUUCCAGGAGAGCGACCCGACGUGGUUCGAAAAAUCGCACCAGCGAGUGAGAGUCCCACUGCCGGAUACGAGAGUCUUCGUCGAAGCCGAUCGCGCGAUCGACUCAGGUCAUGCUGUUGCUCCCGGGGAGCCGAUCGAGGCCGAGAGUCUUGCACUGCUUGAAGAUGACGAUGAGAAUGUUGGUCAUGAGGUGGUACCGGAAGAGCCCUCCGCCAGCUCCUCUCCCCGACACGAAACGGCCGAUUCGGCGUACCUCUCCGGCAGGCACGACUCGCACGAUAUGGACAGCAGAUCAUCAGGAUCCGAACGGCCUGAUGAUCCUGUCAUUUCCGAAAACCUCCGAAACGGGCAGACACGCAUCCCGCAGCGGGCAGAAGACGCGCAAGGACGGCGGAAACACGAUCCACGGAGUAACGCCGACGAUUCCGGUGUCAUAUCCGGGGAAUUCGUCUCCGGAUUCGUACAG